GAUGGUGAAACAAUUUGAUUGCUUUUGACAGGCGUUGAAUUCACCGGACCGUCUAAGAGGGUGAUGACCGGUAUUUCUAUCCACAUGUUUUUUACUGUUGGGUUGUUGUACCUGGCGGGAGUAGGUGCCUUGGUCCGUAAUUGGCAGUAUCUACAACUGGCCGUGGCUGUACCAUGUGUAGUUUAUGUCCUGUACUGGUGGGUGAUUCCAGAAUCCCCCCGUUGGCUGUUGACGCAGGGGCGAUUAGAGGAGGCGGAAGAAAUUGUACAACGUAUCGCCAAAGUAAACGGAGUCAAAGUGAAAGGAAAUCUCAUUGUAGGAGAAAAAAAUGAUAUCCCUAAAGGGGAAAAAAUUUGGCAUGUGUUUGGAUACUGUGUGUUGUUCAUACGUGCGCUGAUUUUAUUCUUUAAUUGGAUUGUAAUAGCCAUGGAUUACUACGGAGUGACUAUGCAUAUUGGAAAUCUAGGAGGAGACUUUUACCUGAAUCAAUUCAUUCUAGCAAUUGUUGAGUUUCCUGCCAAAAUUUCUACCAUGGUUUUGCUAAACAGAAUAGGACGUCAGAAGUUACACUUCUUGAUUAUGAUCAUAGGUGGCGCUGCGUUAUUGUGUACCAUAUUUCCUGUCCUUUAUGGCAAAGAAGGCAAGGCUUAUUUUCAUCUGUUCCGAAUUUCCACAAUUAAUUAUAUUUAUAUCUUUGCUACAAAAUUGAGCAGUCUGACAUUAGUCCUGUCCAUCAUUGGUAAGAUGGGGUCUGCAGCGGCUUUUGGUGUCAUUUACAUAUACACGGCAGAGUUAUAUCCUACUGUGGUCCGGAACGGCGCCAUGGGAACUAGUUCCUGUGUCGCUCGCUUUGGCGGUAUGGCUGCUCCAUAUAUAGCAUCAACGAGUGACUAUGUCAGCGGAAAGUUUGGCCAGGCGUUACCGUUAGUGAUUUUUGGCGGUUCUUCGGUCAUGGCUGGGAUUCUAACUUUAUUCCUACCGGAAACCCUACACCGGAAGCUACCAGAAACAAUCCAAGAUGGAAUCGAAUUCGGAAAAAAGAAGCAUGACAUAUCCACAUUUGACGUCACACUGGAAACAUCUAAACCGUCCGGGGUUUAUAACUCGUCUUAUGAAGCGGCUGAAUUGUGACGAGGAAGACAAUAGUUAUUGUGCAUUAUAUUUGUCCACAGAUAAGUACAGUUUAUUGAUGUCACCAGGGUACACAUAAAUUAAACUAAUAGUAUAACAAUAA